UUUAAAGAGUUAAGUACUAAACUUCCUAUUAAAUCUAGUUGGUAGAAGAAACAGAGGCGAGAUCUGAGACUAGCUACAUCGAAGAAGAAGAAGAUGAAGCGUGAGUUUGCGACAACGCUCUUACUCUCGACUCUCUUUACCUUUCUGGUGCCGGAGCUGAUUCCGGUAUGCGAAGCCGUGUGGCUCACCAUUCCCAAGACCGGAACAAAGUGCGUGUCGGAGGAAAUCCAGAGCAAGGUCGUCGUUUUGGCCGAUUACCUCGUCAUCUCCGACGAACAUUCCAUCUUCCCUACUGUCUCUCUCAAGGUUACAUCACCAUAUGGCAGCGUUUUGCACCACAGCGAAAAUGCUACGCAUGGUCAGUUUGCGUUUACAACCCAGGAAUCAGGAACCUACUUGGCCUGUUUUGAGGCCGUAGGGAAUAGUCACGGUAACAAGGAUAUCAGCAUCAACCUUGACUGGAAAACUGGAAUCGCCGCCAAGGAUUGGGACUCCAUUGCUAGGAAAGAGAAGAUUGAGGGUGUGGAGCUUGAGCUUAGGAAACUCGAAGGUUCAGUUGAAGCCAUACAUGAAAACCUACUUUACCUCCGUAACAGAGAAGCAGACAUGAGGAUUGUGAGUGAAAAAACAAACUCGCGAGUCGCGUGGUACAGUAUAAUGUCACUAGGCAUCUGCAUUGUGGUCUCUGGUUUACAGAUUUUGUACUUGAAGCAGUACUUUGAAAAGAAGAAGCUUAUUUAGAUGAGAGUGAUCCAUGGGUACUUGAGACACCAACAGACUGUUCAGUUUCCUUUGCUUUUGUUUCUUGUAACACUGUUUCGUUUUCCUGUAACACUCUGUUUCGAACCUGUUAGUAUACAAAUUUUGUUCACUUA